AUGUUUAGAAUUCUUCACUUUAAGAAUCACAGCCUGUCCUGCAGGGGUCAUUUUUCUUCCCACCCUAGAUACAACUCGAUACCUUUGUUGAUUACACAUUUUAGGCACACCUUUUGUACCACCAGAAAAGAUAGUGGACAGAAUAAAUACAGAUCUGAAAGUUCAAGGCCAAAGUUAAGUAAAAAAUCCGAACAAGCAAAUUAUCCUUUAGAUACUUUACGCGAAGAUAUUUCAAUAAUACUGAAUGAUAUAUCCGGAAUAGGCCGCUCGCUGAUAGUCAAUGCGCUCGAGCCAACGAAUAAUAUGGAGGGAGGUGAUCUAAUAUUGCCUCUUCCGAAAAUAAAGGUAGCUAAUCCCGUGGCCGUUGCUAAGCGAUGGGCCACCGAGUUAAGCGCGUACGGCAGUUUAGGUAAAGUUUGUGCAAAGGGGCCCUUCCUUCAGUUCUUCUUCGAUCAGAAGUAUCUUCUCCAAUCAGCAGUACCGAGUAUACUGCUUCAAAAAGAAAGAUAUGGUCAGGAAAAAUCUUGUCUGCAGAAAAAAGUUGUAGUCGAAUUUUCAUCGCCAAACAUUGCCAAACCGUUUCAUGCUGGUCAUUUGAGAUCGACAAUAAUAGGUGGGUUCCUUUCAAAUUUAUACGAGGCAAUGGGAUGGUCAGUAGUUCGUAUGAACUACUUAGGUGAUUGGGGUCGACAGUUUGGUUUAUUAGCAGUAGGUUUUGAGAAAUAUGGUAACGAAAAGGCGUUAGAAAAGCAGCCCAUUCAACAUUUAUUCGAGGUAUAUGUUCAAAUCAACAAGGACCUUGCGGAAGAAGAGAAGGAAAACGACACAUCUCAAUGUGGCAUCAGUAGCAGGGCCCGUACGUUCUUCAAAAAAUUAGAAAAUGGAGACCAGAAUGCUACCAAGAUCUGGAAUAGAUUCCGCUCACUAUCCAUCCACCACUAUAUCCAAACGUAUUCACGUUUGAACAUUAAUUUUGACAUAUUUUCCGGGGAAUCGCAAGUAUCCAAAGAAUCCAUGGAUGAGGCAUUAAACAUAUUUUACCAAAACCAUCUUGUUGAAGAAAAGGAUGGUGCUCUGGUAAUUGAUUUAACGCAAUGGUCGAAAAACCUAGGUAAAGCUGUGGUACAAAAAUCAGACGGAACUACUCUGUAUCUGACAAGAGACGUUGGGGCAGCCAUGGAGCGCAAAAAAGAUUUAAAAUUUGACAAAAUGGUAUACGUGAUUUCAUCUCAACAAGACUUGUAUAUGUCCCAGCUCUUUAUGAUACUACAAAAAAUGAACUUCGAUUGGGCAAAAGAUUUGAAUCACGUCAACUUCGGUAUGGUUCAAGGCAUGUCGACAAGAAAGGGAAACGUGGUUUUCUUAGAUACCAUUCUAGACGAAGCAAGGGAUAAAGCUUUCCAAAUUAUGAAAAACAACAAAAUAAAAAUAGCGCAAGUGGAAGAUCCACAUCAGGUUGCCGAUUUAAUUGGUAUAUCUGCCAUAAUCAUUCAAGACAUGAAGGCCAAACGUAUCAAUAAUUACGAAUUUAACUGGAACAGAAUGCUAUCUUUUGAAGGUGACACAGGCCCCUACUUGCAAUACACACAUUCCAGACUAAGAUCUUUGGAAAGGAGCUCCAGUAAUAUUACAGCCGAUAUGCUGGUGCAAGCAGAUUUUUCAAAUCUCGACGAACCACAAUUGAUUAAGCUUGUCAGACUCCUGGCUCAGUAUCCGGACGUCCUCAAACGAGCGUUUAAAACACAAGAGCCCGCUACAAUUAUAACGUAUUUAUUCAAGGUUUGUCACCAGGUCUCUUCAUGUUAUAAAAAUGUAUGGGUUGCAGGGAAGUCUGACGAUGUUGCUAUACCACGACUUGCCAUAUAUUCAGCAAGCAGACAAGUACUGCACAAUGCAAUGUCACUCUUAGGGCUAGUACCAGUCGAUAGAAUGUAA